AUGGCGCAAUACUUCUUCGACCUCCUGUACAACUUUACAGACUGCAUGUGCUGCUUCCCCAGCACGCCGCAGCUGAAGAUUAACAACCGCAGCUUUAAAAUGCUCCGUCUCCUCGGCGAAGGAGGCUUCUCCUACGUAUACCUUGUCCAAGACAAAGCAUCAUCAGAGCUGUUCGCCCUCAAGAAGAUCCGAUGCCCGUUCGGCCAGGAAUCCGUCUCCCAGGCCCUGAAAGAGGUGGAGGCCUAUAGCCUGUUUACAUCCGAGAGCAAUAUCAUCCACUCAAUUGACCACUGUGUUUCGACGGAGCCGGGCUCGAAAUUCCGCUCCGACGGCGGCGAUCCGGGCUCCAAGACCGUUUAUAUCCUGCUGCCUUACUAUCAAAGGGGGAAUCUUCAGGAUGCGAUCAACGCGAACCUCGUCAACCAUUCGCGAUUCCCGGAGAAGCGCCUAAUGAUACUGGUGCUUGGAGUUGCGAAUGCACUGCGUGCGAUGCACCUGUACCGUGUCAAGAGCGGCUCGGGACCUACGCGUAAAGCUAAGGCCGCGAGGAGGGAGGGGGCAGAGGCCGGUUCAGAAAGCACAGUGCGCAUGGGGAAGGCGAAACGACGCGCCAGCCAGCUUGCCGGCGAGGAUGACUCGGAGCAUGAGCCCCUGAUGGAUGAUGAGGUUACCCAGAGCCAGGAAGGCGUCCAGGAUGGGGGCCUACGCCCUUACGCGCACCGAGACAUUAAACCUGGUAAUAUCAUGAUCGAGGAUGAUGGACAGACGCCGAUUCUUAUGGAUCUCGGAUCGCUCGCGCCCAGCCCUAUUGCAAUCACGUCUCGUUCACUUGCCCUAGCCGUCCAAGAUACUGCUGCGGAACAUAGUACGAUGCCAUACCGAGCGCCAGAACUCUUCGACGUUAAGACUGGCUCUAUUAUUGAUACCAAGGUGGAUAUCUGGUCACUGGGAUGCACACUUUAUGCUUGCCUAGUGGGCAAGAGCCCGUUCGAAGCUCGAAGCGAAGAGACUGGCGGUAGCCUCAGCAUGUGUGUAUUAGGUGGGGAUUGGCGAUUCCCGGACGAAAAGUCCGGGGCAACCAAGGGCAAGGGCAAGGCCGGUAGCGAGGAAGCAAAACCAGACAGUGCAACCUUUAUCAGUGCGCCUGUUAAGGAGAUCGUCCGCCGUUGUCUACAGGUCGAACCCGCUGACCGACCGGAUAUUGACGAACUCAUCCAGAUUCUCAAGGAUGUGAUCCAAGAGCUCCCGGAUGACGACGACAUUGGUGAUCAAAGUGCUAUCCCCGGCACCUUAACCAUUGUAGAUACAGGUCACGUUCUUGCAGCUCGCCAUCUAGAGCGUGGAGAGAAUGAUAUCGUCCUGGUGCCUGAACCUUCGAGUGACCCAGAUGACCCCUUGAAUUGGUCUCCACGGCGGAAGCUCUUAUCCACUGUCUGUGUGAGCGUAUACACCUUGUUCGCCGGUAUUGCGUGUGCGGUAGUGUAUUCCGUACUCACACAGAUCUCCGAAGAAACCGGGAUCUCUAUCAGCACCCUUAAUGAGGGAACUGGCUAUCUGUUCUUGCUGGCUGGUUGGGGUCUCCUUUUCUGGCAGCCUUUCGCGCUCCAGUACGGAAAGCGGGUGACGUACAUGAUAUCAUUGCUUGGAAUUUUGGGAACGAUGGUUUGGGGUCCAUAUGUGAGCAGCAAUGGGGAAUGGAUUGCGAGAAGCGUCAUCUCGGGAUUCUUUGCUGCGCCGAUUGAAGCUCUUCCAGAAAUCUCCGUCACGGAUGUGUACUUCACCCACGAGCGCGGCACAUACAUGGGUCUUUAUGCCUUCUUCUUGGCGGGGAGUAAUUACUUUGCUCCUGUCAUUUCCGGCUUUAUUGCCGAGUACCAGUCGUGGGAAUGGGUGUUCUACUGGCCUGCCAUAUUCAGCGGCGCUUCCAUCGUCAUCCUUUUCUUCUUCAUGGAAGAGACCAACUACAUGCGCAAGAAACCUGGCAGUAUCCCUGAAGCCCCGACAGAAGCACUGUCCCCGUCACCCGAGUAUGCAGACAAGGAGAAAUCUCCCGCUAGCAAUGCGGUUCACCAGAGUGACCCGGAGGUUGGCGCGGUUUACAGCAAGAAGACAUACCUCCAGAAGCUCUCCCUUGUGGGUCCGCGACAAGUUAGAAACAAUAUGUUCCGGCGUCUUUGGCAGACCAUUUACUAUUUGAGCUGGCCUGUGAUUUUCUAUGCAGGGUACAUUCUCGUACGGGUCGUACCUCAUUUGGUUCAAUGUGCUAAACGCAACCUCCUCUUUGAUUCUUGGUGGUUCAUGUACUCAUCAACUUCGAGGUCUCUCUUUACCGGCCGAUUUAGCGACUGGCUCACUCUCAAACUCGCCCGACGGAACGGCGGAGUCAUGGAAGCAGAACACCGCCUGUGGCCUUUCGCUCUUUGCCUGGUUCUUGUUCCAGGGUCCCUUCUGCUCUGGGGGAUUGGUGCUGCCCACGAGGUCCACUGGUUCGGUCUCUUGGUUGGCAUGUGUCUGCUGGCACUAACGAACACAUGCGGUAUCACUCUGAGCGUCAACUAUCUUGUAGACAGCUACCGUGAGUUGAGUGGCGACGCAAUGGCGACAGUUAUCCUGGUCCGCAAUACCAUGUCCUUUGCCAUGAGUUACGGCAUUACACCAUGGAUCCAGAAUCUGGGCUACCAGAACUGCUUUAUCUCUGCUGCGUUCGUGGGAUUGGCAUGUUCAGCUCUCUUUCUACCUAUGAUUAAAUGGGGCAAGAUGUUCCGGGCUCGCAGCCGCGAAAGAUACUGGAUGAUUGUUGAAGAGAACUGGGAGAAGGGAAUGGGACAUAAUUAG